UGAUUUGGAAACGUGUACAUUUGACGGACGAUUUGACAGCUGUUACGGAUAUAUUUUUUAAAAUGUUAACUUAAACAAAUGAAUAUUUAUCAAAUACACAAAGAAUGACUGACAACGACUUUCUACACGUUUUGAAACUAGUCAUAGUGUGUGUAAUGUGGUAUAUUUCCAGUGCAGGUGGAAAUGUGAUUGGGAAAUUGGUGUUAAAUGAGUUUCCUUAUCCUAUGACCAUGUCAAUGGUACAGUUAUCAUCAGCUGCUCUGUACCUAGGUCCGAUCCUGGCUCUGCUUGGUGUCCCAAAAACAGGGGAAAUAAGCCGGCAAUAUUUUUUAACCAUGAUCAUACCUCUUGCCUUUGGAAAAUUUAUAUCUUCAGUAUCUUCACAUAUAAGUAUUUGGAAAGUUUCAGUCUCCUAUGCUCAUACAGUCAAAGCAACACUGCCAUUGUUUACAGUCAUUUUGAUGAGAUUAUGUUUUAAAGAAAAGCAAACAUUCCCUGUGUAUUUUUCCCUGAUACCAAUCAUUGGCGGUGUAUGUAUUGCUACACUCACAGAAAUAGCCUUUGAUAUAAUUGGCUUAGGUAGCGCUCUGUUUGCAACUCUUGGAUUUUCUCUACAAACUAUAUUUUCUAAAAAGACAUUAAAAGAUACAGGGUUACACCAUAUGAAUUUACUCCUGCUAUUAAGUCGAUACUCAACCAUUUGUUUUCUGCCUUUUUGGUUAUUGUUUGAUUUGACCAGAAUAGUUCAAGAUAGAGCUGUG